AUGGUAAAUGAAAAUUUAAAACCAAUAAUAGAAAAUAAACCUUUUGAGAUAGUUCAAGAAUUAAAAGACGAGUAUAAAAUUCCUAGUUAUGAGGAAUUUGUGAAAGGUUAUGAGAAUGAUGGCAAUCUUAAUUAUGGUGAUUUAAGUGGUGGUAGUGUUGGAGAAGUGAAAGGAUAUGGGCCUUAUGACCUUGAUGCACAAACAAAACUCCUAGUCAGUGAUAUCAUGCCACUAAUAAUUGUGGUGGUCGUCGAUGAUAUAAAUGAUGGAUAUGCAGGAGUAAGCAAAAGUGAAUUUGGAAGUGCCUUGGUUGGUUUAAAUAACCUUUGGAAGGAUAAGUCCCCCACAGUUAAAAGAUAUGUAGAAAAAAUGAUAGAUAAACAAUUAGAGGAGGAAGGAUUUGAUUACGAAUAA